AUGCCCUAUUUUAGCCUAGUGAAGACUUUAACAUCGGUUUUCCCAAAUGUGCAUAGUAUAUCACAGUUUCCUCAAAGGACGCCAGCAGUGUGCUGUUGUAGUCAAACACAGAGUGGUGAGCAAUACACCGAUCCUUUUAAACUUGGCUGGAGAGACUUGAAAGGUCUGUAUGAAGACAUUAGAAAGGAGCUGUGCAUCACCACCAAAGAAUUGAAGGACAUGUCCGAAUACUACUUCGAUGGCAAAGGAAAAGCCUUUAGACCGAUUAUUGUGGUGCUAAUGGCCCGAGCGUGUAAUAUUCAUCAUAAUAACUCCCGAGAUAUGCAAGCCAACCAGCGCUCCGUAGCCUUAAUUGCAGAAAUGAUCCACACUGCUAGUCUGGUUCAUGAUGACGUUAUUGACGAUGCAAGUUCUCGAAGAGGAAAACAUACAGUUAAUAAAAUCUGGGGUGAAAAAAAGGCUGUUCUUGCUGGAGAUUUAAUUCUUUCUGCAGCGUCCAUAGUUCUGGCACGGAUUGGAAACACAGCUGUUACAUCUAUUUUAACCCAAGUUAUUGAAGAUUUAGUGCGUGGUGAAUUUCUUCAGCUAGGGUCGAAAGAAAAUGAGAAUGAAAGGUUUGCCCACUACCUUGAAAAGACCUUCAAGAAGACGGCCAGUCUGAUAGCCAACAGUUGUAAAGCAGUCUCUGUCCUGAGUUGCCCUGACCCAGUAGUCCAUGAGAUUGCCUAUCAGUAUGGGAAAAACAUUGGAAUAGCUUUUCAGCUCAUAGAUGAUGUAUUGGACUUCACCUCAUGUUCUGACCAGAUGGGCAAGCCAACAUCUGCAGACCUGAAGCUAGGCUUAGCCACAGGCCCUGUCUUGUUUGCUUGCCAGCAGUUCCCAGAAAUGAAUGCUAUGAUAAUGAGACGGUUCAGUUUGCCAGGGGAUGUGGACAGAGCCAGACAAUAUGUAUUACAGAGUGAUGGCGUGCAACAAACAACCUACCUCGCCCAGCAGUACUGCCACGAAGCAGUGAGAGAGAUCAGGAAACUUAGAGCAUCCACAGAAAGGGAUGCCCUCAUCCAACUUUCUGAAAGUGUGCUCACAAGAGAUAAAUGACAAUUCUUCCUGUUCUUUCUGGCAGCUAUUUUACCAGACUGUGCCUAAUGAAUUUUGUGAAACACUAUUUGCUUCAUGUGCAGAUAACCAAAAAUCACUUUAGGAAAUAAUUUCAACCUUAUUGAUGGGCAAUUUUUUUUAUUGGCAAAGUUUUUCAGAAAACUUUUUAAAUGUAAUUAAACCAGUGUCAUUAUAGUCCUAUAAAUUCUAAUCGAGGUAUCCUGAUGGUUAUGUGUGGUCCUGUUUACAUUGUUAAUGCCCACAUGGAAAGCCAUUACACAAAUAAAUAAUCAAUGUUAAAAUUCAA